AAGAUGGCGGCGGCGGCGGCGGCUGCAGCCGGGACCCCAGUCGGACAGUGGCGGAGGAGCCGCCGGCUCUGACCUCGCUCUGGCUCCGGUCCGCGCGGCGGAGCGUGUGCGAGGCCCCGCGCGUCGGGCAGGGGCGGCGGCGGCGAUUGCGCGCCGCUCGGAGGAGCGCCCGGGCGGCGGCGCGUCUGCGGCUGAGGAGAGAGCCGGCUCCGGGCCUCCGCGUCCUCCUGCUCCCCGGGCCCCCCGCCUCCUCGGGGGGGCGGCGGCGGCGAUGUUCUCGGUUCUCUCGUACGGGCGGCUGGUGGCCCGCGCCGUGCUCGGCGGUCUCUCGCAGACCGACCCCAGGGCCGGCGGCGGCGGCGGCGGCGACUACGGGCUGGUGACCGCUGGCUGCGGCUUCGGCAAGGACUUCCGUAAGGGCCUCCUCAAGAAGGGCGCGUGCUACGGGGAUGAUGCGUGCUUCGUUGCCCGGCACCGCUCCGCAGACGUGCUUGGGGUUGCAGAUGGUGUAGGAGGAUGGAGAGACUAUGGAGUUGACCCGUCUCAGUUCUCAGGGACUUUAAUGCGAACGUGUGAACGUUUAGUAAAAGAAGGACGGUUCGUACCAAGUAAUCCCAUUGGAAUUCUCACCACAAGCUACUGUGAGCUGCUGCAAAAUAAAGUACCUUUGCUUGGUAGCAGCACUGCCUGCAUCGUGGUGCUGGACAGAACUAGCCACCGCUUACACACAGCCAACCUGGGCGAUUCGGGCUUCCUGGUGGUCAGGGGUGGCGAAGUCGUGCACCGAUCAGAUGAGCAGCAGCACUACUUCAACACUCCCUUCCAGCUCUCCAUCGCGCCACCCGAGGCCGAAGGGGUGGUCCUAAGUGACAGCCCAGAUGCUGCUGACAGCACGUCUUUUGAUGUCCAGUUGGGCGACAUCAUCCUGACGGCGACAGAUGGACUCUUUGACAACAUGCCUGAUUAUAUGAUCCUUCAGGAGCUGAAAAAGUUAAAGAAUUCAAACUAUGAGAGUAUACAGCAGGCUGCAAGAAGCAUUGCUGAGCAAGCUCACGAGCUGGCCUAUGACCCAAAUUACAUGUCACCUUUUGCACAGUUUGCAUGUGACAACGGAUUGAAUGUGAGAGGUGGAAAGCCAGAUGACAUCACUGUCCUCCUUUCAAUAGUGGCUGAGUAUACAGACUGACUCGCCUCGAUGUCACUUCCAUCUCUCCCUCAUCACCCCCAGCUCCCCCCUGCCACGUGUGCUGAUCCUGCUGGCAGGACCACAUUUCUUUGCCACUGAUCUCGAUGGCCAGUGAUAUCAGCCUUCGCCUGUCUUUCUGAGACCCAGUGAGAUCUUUGUUGAGAACCACUACUGUCACUCACUUGCUCAUAUCUGCCAGCAGCAGCUGAAGAGAAUCAGGAUUUGAAGACUGGCCUCCAUUGCUCACUGUCCUUUCUCAUGAUGGGAUGGAGAUUUUCAAAGCCAAAAUGGCUGUUAGUUUUUAAAAAGUGUUUGGAAUAUUGAAAAUGAGUACUGUUGGUAAAGUGAAUUCAAAAUGACACUGUGUAAAAGGGAUUUUUAAAAUCUAACACAAGUCGUAUGUUAUGAUGCAUCUGCUGGAAACAUAAAUUAUUUGUCAAGAAGUGUUACCCAUGUACUCCCUAAGCAGUCUUCGUUAGGGUGAUUGGUGUGGCUUUAUGUCUUCAUUAUAACUCCUAUUUUUCAGGGGCUUAUAAUUCUGCUCUAAAACAUUGCCCUGGGUUAUGAAAUCUUGAUCCCAGGAGGCUUUUUUGUUACAGAUUGGAAGAGAAAUUCAUUUUAGUUCUGUGGAUACAAAUGUUUUGUGCUUUUUCAAAGAUGCUUACCUGUGCUCCUGUGAUUAAAGUUUUGGCAGUUCAUUGAUUAGUCCAAACCACAGGCUGGUGGCCUGAUCUGCAGGUGGGGUAGGGGGACUCCUGAACAAAAAUUGUUAAUGGAAACAUUUCUCAAGAUUGUAAAAUGCCACAAAGCCUAGAAAUUUCAUGUUAUGGCUGAAAUUCCUCCCGGCUGUCUGACACGAUGCUGCAGGAGCUGUAGGCCCACAGGCCUGUUGGUCACAAAUGGACAGCUGUGACUUUGAAUUUUCUUGGUUUUUGAUGGUCAUGCUCCCCAUAGUCUUACUAUGACCUUUUAUUAGCAGCCUUGCUUUCUGUAGAGCAUGCACCAGUGACUGCACGUGGGAAGAGCACCGUGUGCAGUGGGGCAGCAGCACAAAAGUCCACAUGCAAAACUUCUAGUGAUGAUCUGACAUUUGCAGUUGCCCUAAACAGAAAUUUAGGGGUUUCUGAAUCAAGCUUAAUGUUUACAGUUUCCAAAUAGCCAUUUUGCAGUGUAUAGUUCCUUAUAAAACUACCCACCUUCAGUUUUCCUGUGAUCUGCAAGUCAAACUUAUUUUUAAGGUUUGUGGACAAGUUGACUGCUGUAAAGAUAUAUAUUUUUGGGUCAGUUCCUUCCUUCAUUAACCUGGUGGUAGAAAAAUAUAUAUACUUAGAAAUCCUUAAAUUAAAGCCAUGUUUUAUAUAUAAGUCAGGUAACAUUGAUGUAUAGAUGAGAAUGCAAUUAAACCUGAUGAGAAUCUACUUGAGGAGAAUAUAGAAAGUCUUUUUCUCUAAAGGAGAUACUUACUCCCUGGUUUAUUGCAUUAAAACUUAUGUUUGAGGUUACCUCAACUUGUUUUAAAAGGUUUUGUUUUGUGAAUUUGUACUGUAUAUUUGAGUAACUGUCAAGCUUUUGUUUUAUUUAAAAUUGUUUAACAUGUACCAUGUACAUGUCAUUACUAUAUUUCAAUGCAUCAUGCUUGUAACAGGCAUUUCAUUUAUAAUAAGAAUGAGUUAUUCAUUUGUAAGCCGUUCAGUAAUUUAUCUACUAUUCCUAAAUUGGCAUAAUGUUAGAUAUCUAUUUUGAAUCACCUUUAAUUACAUGUCAGAAUGCCUUAACUACCCUAACUUGACAAAACAGAAUUCUUUGAUAGAGGAGAUGGGGGGAGGGGGGAAUGGAGGGAAACUCUGUUUUAAACAAAUGAGAAAUCAUUGUGCUAUGAUGAACCACAGACACGUGAGUGGCAAGUAGCAGGGUAUUUAUUUUGCACAAACUAUGUGCAGUCUUGGUGUAUUUAAAAAGUGAAGAAAGUUGCAUCCAGAAGGGUUUUGUAGAAAAGAAUACAUUUAUACUUGGGCUGAUGACUUCAGUUCUUUUGUUCGGGGUUUUUAAUUAUUUCUGGUCAGAGGUAUGUAGCCUUAUGAUCUGGAUAUAUCUGCAUUAAUUUUCCAAUGCCUACAUUUAAAUGUUGGUCGGAGCAGUGCCGGUCAAGUUACUGGCUUUUGUCUGCUCUCCUUUAACCCAUCAAACACAAUCUUUGUUGAGCUAGAUUGGUGGUGUGUUACACAACUCAUUUAAUCAACUUCGUCUUUUUUUUUUUUUUUUUUUUUUUUUUUUGAGAAAAAGGUGUUAGAAGUUGACAAUGUGUUUGUUCCAGUGAUGGUGACAAUAGUGGGACAAGAAUUGAAUUUCACAGAGGAAGUGACUUUGGACCUGGCCUGUAGACUAGUGACAUAGAAUGUAUUUUUUCUGUUUUGUUCUUUCCCCUGUCCUUUUUGUGUUAUGCACUUAAUUUUAUUACUGCUGGGGGUUGGUUGAAUGCUGCUUAACAAGAAGCUCUACCCCCUCUCGGUGGUCAGAGGCUGUGUGAGACCCACCCUAGAAUUCCAGGCCACAGGACCCAAGCCUCCAUGGGUGUGGCUGACCUAUACCACUUGGUGGGUCUGAUUCUGAACCAGAUGUGUGUGUUAAUUAUAUUUUAAAUCAAGCAGAAUAAAAACAUACACAUUUGCCUCAUGUAAUGGACUUUUAUAAGAAAAGAGAAAAUUUGGAUUUCUAAUUAACAAAAUGGCAAAUUAUUUAUCCCUCUCUGGAUGCACCAAAGACCAGUAAAGUUUAUAGCUUUUCCAUCUAUAUUUAUAAAGCAAUACUGUAUUAUAUAAAAAAAAUAUUUUUAUCACAUGCUUGAAAUUUUUAUUUGUUCUGUUUUAAAACGUGCACUCUAAACAUAUCAGAACCUUAUUUCUUCCUAUGAACUUAAGCUGUCUGCGCACAAAAAAUUCUGAAUGGAGAUGCAGUGGAGUCCAUAGGCUCUUCAAAACUGAAAUGAGAAUUGAGGGGGGUAGGAAACAAGUUCUUUGUACUGAAUUACUGUACUGGCUUGACACGACUGAUGGGUACUGAGUCACAAAAGAAUCCAUUCCAGGUGUGCAUGUCUGGGAGUUGGACCGUGUCUAGAUUAGCAACUAGAGUUCACGUUUUGCGUGAUGGGAGAGUUUCCUGUCAGCUCCAUUUGUUCUGGACAGACAAGUAGCUCGGAGAUGGAAACCAGCUUCAGCACCACCAGCCUACCACACAAACAAGGCAGGAAUGGUGGGAAUUUACUGAGUCGGUUCUGAGUGUUUUGGAGAUUGUAAACAAGAUCGGCUAGAACUGUAAAUGUUUGUGAUUUGGGUGAGUUCAUGGUUCCUUGUCACCUUAUAUCGGCUAUCUUUGGUAGAAGCUACAGCAUCUAAUUUCCCUGGAAACUGUAUCACAUUCUUGCAUUUAACAAGUUUUGCAAUAUCAAAAAACCAAGAUCUACUUAUUAAACUGAAAAUUUGAAACAAAAAGCCUUUGGAUUCUAUUUGUUAAAAAAAACAACAGUAAACUUAAUCCUUUGCAAAAUCAAAUGUCUCAACUGAAAUUCAACGAUGUCGAUGUCAAAAUUUUAAUUGUUAAAGGUAGUUUGUGGCAAAGAUGGCUAAAUACUGAAGCAAAUUUGAAUUUGUGUAUACUAAUAAGCUGCUGCUUUCUGUUGAGACUAUCAUUAUUUGUCUUACACAAGAGGCAGUUACCUGAAUUGGAUGUCUGAAAUAUAAAUUAUGCAGGAAUAGUUCUGUAAAUACAUUUAAAUAAACU